GGCCUCCCCUUGCCCUUCUUUCAGAAAUUAUUUUGCCUGUGGGGGUGAGAACCUGAAUAGGAAGUGCUGGGAAUUAUUUCCAUACAGCUGAACUCCCACAGCUCAGUAUUAGGAGGCCACUGACUCAUUCCUUGUGUUGGAAGGAGGCACUUCCUUGAGUGAAAGGCUUAGUGGGGAUGAUUGCAGCUAUUAUCCCACAUUAUCUCAACCCCAUGGCUCUGGGAAACCAUUUCCCUCCUUCCCCCUUUUCCUUCCCCUGGAUUUUCCUUCAGAGCUUUACAUCUAAUUACUUCACGUGAUCCACCUCAGCCUGGGGAGAGGCUUCACAACUAGGGCAUGAGUAAUGUCAUGUCUUUCUGUUGCCAGCAAUAACCUGCACAUUCCCAGGCCCAGAGAGAGAGAGAGGCUAUGAGUGAGAGACAGAGGCCUGGGGUAAUCCCACACUCAGUGUGAAAUAGACAGAACAGCUAGAGACAGGGCAAGAAAGAGAAUGGGAAGAAAACAGAACAGAAAGGUAAGACUGAGCAGGGAGGAAACAGAGCAGGAAAGAGACAGAGUGGGAGGGUGAUGGAACAGGAAGGAGACGGAGUAGGAAGGACAUCGAGCGGGAGAAAAGACCAAGCAGAAAAGGGACAGAGCAGGAAAGAGACAGAGCAGGAAGGACACAGAGUGGGAAGGAGACAGAGUGGGAAAGACACAGAGUGGGAAGGACAUAGAGCAGGUAGGACACCAAGCAGGAGAAGAGACAGAGCAGAAAUCAGACAGAGUGGGAAUGAAACAGAGCAGGAAUGACACAGAGUGGGAAGGAGAUGGAGCAGGAACAACACAGCCCAGGAAGAAAAAGACAGAGCAGGAAAGAGAUAGACUGGGAAGCAAAGACAAGGCAGCAAGGACACAGAGCAGGAAGAAGAGACAGAGCAGGAAAGAGACUGAGUGGGAAGUUGAGACAGAACAGAAAGGAGCAGAGCAGAGGGUGAAGGAGACUGAGCGGAAACUGAGCGGGAAGGAGAAAGAGCAGGAAAAAUACAGGGUGGAAAGGAGACAAAACAGGAAGCAGUUUUACAUUAUUGGGUGCUACAUCAUUCUUAUACAUUUCAGUGGGUAUAAUAGAGAAGAUAAUAACUAUGUUUGCCAUUUGGUAAAGAAUUGGGAUAUGAUGAAUCCCAAGUUAGGGUUUUGUAAGUACCUAUACAGUAUCUAUAUAUCUAAACCAACUUUAGAAGUGAUCUUAUAUGGUUUGGUUUCUUGCUCAUAAGACUCCCUCUUGACUAUUGGAAGCAAUGUGAGUUUGGACUACACAUUUCCCUUCAUUAUUCUGGCACAUAUGGUGUAGAAAUUAUACAGAAACAGAGCACAAUAUAUGUCCUUGUUCUCUUACAGCAGAAAGUGCUAAGAUUUCUUUCUUUCUACUAUUUACUUGUAUGAAGGAUUUUGAAAGAUCCCUUUAUCCUGGCGAAAAGCAAGGAUUCAUUAUUAAUCUUAUAUAUUUGUCUAUUUUUAAUGAGUAUUGCCCAUUGCCCAGAUCAUAGAUUUUCUUCCCACAAAACCAACUCCUUGUAAACCCAGAAGCACCAAGGCAUCCAAAAAAAUCGGGUAGAAAAGGAACCACAUGGCAUAACCUAUGGGUGAUAUCAGGGCAGUGGGCAGAGGUAUGGGGGGAUUUCGGGGUGAAACAAUUGUACCAUCAGAGAUUUAGCUCCAUUGACUCUUAUGUGACAAACAAGUGUAAUGUGAAAUCUGACAACAAAACCUCUGCCCCCUCCAUUGUUAGAGAAAUCAGGGGUCAGUGUUUAUUGCCCACCUUAGUAGAGUUGGAAAUGGAGAUGCUCCCCUCCCCCCACUGCCAUAUGGACUUUCUCUCUGUCAUUUCACAGGCUGUUAAAACACACUGGUUGCACCAGGACAAAGGAAUCAUCUUGGCAAUGCCAGCUAUCCUUUCAUCCUGAUGCCACUUCCUCUGCAAUGUCCCAAAUUUGCCUUUUCCCCACUUGUGGCUGAUGCCCCCGCUCCUUCCACCCGCAGGCACCUCCUGUUCCAAAUGCCACGUCCCUGGCUUUAACUGUUCUCUCCCACAUACCUCAACCUGCUGGUACCUACCACUCUAGCUAUUCCCCUUCUAUAUCUGCCCUGUCUGCUCUCCCUCAGGUACCUCCACCUGCAUGCACCCCCUGCUCCACCUACCACUCCCCUCUGACUUUAGCUUUGCUAUCUGUUUCCCCCCGGGUUUUGUCCACCUUCAGGCACCUCCUGCUCCCCCCAAUAUUCUUCCCCAAUAUUGCUCCUGCCAGAGAAAGUUGAAUUCCAAGGAGGGAAGUUUCCCUGUUGAACUGUUGAGUCUAUAAAUCCCUUUCUCCCAUUGUAUAAAGCGCAUUAGUGACUUGCCUGCUUUGUCUGUGCAGGGAGAGUGGGCUGAGUGUGUCUGUGUGUGCACAGCCGGUUCAUUGGUAAUGUGAUGAUUGUCCUGGGGGACAUUUGAUGGAUUAGAGAGCUAAACAGCUCCAUUGCAAGGCACCACCUGAUGUCAGGCUGCGUCCCAUAUAAAGAGAGGCUGAGUGCUGAGCUCAGCUAUUGCUGCCAGUCCCCCCUCCUCCCUCCAUCCCUCUCUCUGUCUCCCUCACUGCAGAAAGUCAGAGCUGUCCAGUGCUGAAUGUGUUCCACCAUCCCCAGGCUGACAAAGAGGCACCCCAGGAAUCCCCAGUAAGGACUCCCGCCAUGCCCCGCUCCUUCCUAGUCAAGAAGAUUAAAUUAGACGACUUCUCUUCCACUGGGAUUGCUGCUUCUAAUUAUACUCACUUUGAUGAUCCUUGUGUUCUGGGGCAGACGCUCUCCAGCGCUGUAGGAAACUUGGGGGUCACUGUUGCUGAAGAUGGCUUCAUUCCACACUGUAUCACAUCGUCGAAAUAUCAAGUGGGAAAAAAAGCAGAGGGGAAAUUUGCAUCCUCAGACCCCGACUAUACCCAGGUGCACGAUGAUUAUAGCGAUCCCGACAGUCCCCAGUCCAGCCUCUCUACAGGGUAUUUCAGUGGUGAAACUGCAGUCACGGACAGUUACUCUAUGGAUGCCUUCUUUAUUUCAGAUGGGAGAUCAAGGAGGCGCAGUGAGAGUCGUGGGGGCCAGCGACAUAUAUGCAGCGAAUGUGGCAAAACUUAUGCCACCUCCUCAAAUCUCAGCCGGCACAAGCAAACCCACCGCAGCCUAGACAGCAAAAUGGCCAAAAAAUGCCCAACUUGUGGCAAAACCUACGUGUCCAUGCCAGCCUUAGCAAUGCAUAUUCUGACUCACAAUUUGAAACAUAAGUGUAACGUCUGUGACAAAGCAUUCAGCAGACCAUGGCUUCUGCAGGGGCACAUGCGCUCCCAUACUGGUGAGAAGCCGUUUGGCUGUGCCCAUUGUGGUAAGGCCUUUGCUGACCGUUCUAACCUCAGAGCUCACAUGCAGACUCACUCAGCGUUCAAACACUACAAGUGCAAACGCUGCGACAAAACCUUUGCCCUCAAAUCCUAUCUCAACAAACAUUAUGAGUCGGCCUGCUUUAAGGGCUCAGACCACGAGUGUGGCAUUGAUGAGUGAUGUGCUGAUGGGCGCACCCCACAAGAACAUGGCACAAUAUGUAACCCUACUGGUGGUACUGCAAACACCAAAUUAGGGUACCUGGGACAGAUGUGAAUAACACUUUCCCUAUUGCACUUGGCAAUAACUGGCAGCUCAGCAGUUCCAGGCUAGAGACUCAUCAUAUUCCACCUCUUCAUCUCUCCAGAGAAACAAGAGGCACUGCUGUAUGUCUCCAACUGUGCAAUAAGGACGCUUCUCCUCUUUUAUACUGACACUUCUCCUGCUAAGCUCUUAUUCCUGAGUGCACAUGCUCCGUGCUCUCAUGCACCAGAUCCAUUGCUCGUGGAAUAAUCUCAAACGCAACACUCCACAAAUCUCUUGUUUUAGUACAAAACUGAAUCCAACAUUCAAGUAGAAUCAACAGAAUUUAGCAACUCUAUAUGCCAAGAAAACAGAUCACCUUAAAACUCUUGGCCCCUUCAUAUGGGCAGUGUUUAAAGGCCACAUGGUAUUGAGAGUUUUGGAUUUGGUCUGGCUGAAUACUAUGGCUUGCAUACUGUACAUGGUUUGGAAUACUUUAGCCAAGUAUGCAAAAGAAUGUUCAAAGUGGGCCAAAUCCAGAGUUAAAUCUUGAGCUUGUUGCAUCCCUUGAAUGUGAUUGAUUUACUGUCUUACAGAGGGGCUACACAUUAGACUCAUGCUCUUCCUCUACCCUUUAGUAUUUAUUUGAAGUAUUAGAGAGGGGCAACACAUUAGACUCAGUCUCUUCCUCUACCCUAUAGUAUUUAUUUGCAGUAUUAGAGAGGGGCAACACAAUAGACUCAUGCUCCUCCUCUGAACUUUAGUAUUUAUUUGGAACAUUAGGCAGGGACUACAUAUUAGCCGUGUGCUCUUUCUCCACCCUAUAGUAUUUCUUUGGAACAGUUGGAAGGGGCUACUUAUGAGACUCACGCUCUUCCAUUGGUUCAUAGUAUUUAUUUGGAGUAUUAGGGAGGGGCACCACAUUAAACUUAUCUUCCCCCUCAUAGUAUUUAUUUGAUGCACUGGGAGUUACAGAUAUGCUCUUCCUUUCCACCAUAGUAUUCAUUUGGAGCAUUUUAAAGGGGGCUUCUUAUUAUACUCAUGCUAUUCCUAUGCCUUAUAGUAUUUAUUUGGAAUGUUAGAUGCAUGCUCUUCCUCCACUCUAUAGUAUUUAUUUGGAGCAUCUUUUAGUAUUUAUUUGGAAUAUUAGGGAGGGUUUACACAUUAUGCUCAUGUGCUGUUCUUCCACCCUACAGUAUUUAUAUGGAGCAUUAGAGAAGGGCUACUCAUAUGUUGCACCGCUUUCUUACAGUAAUUAUAUGAGCAUUAUUGAGGGGCUACACAUUAUGAUUCAUAAUGCUCCUCCCCUUACACAGUAUGAAUAAGUAAAGGGUGUGACUAGGGUAUUAUGCCUUAGCUCUACAGUAUUUAUAAUAUACAGAGUUUUAUUAAUGUAUUAUUUUGCAGGAAGAUAUUUUCUUUUGUGCCAUAAACCUCUGGUGCCACAGAGUUUGUUAUGCCGUUGGUGAUAUAGAAGUAGCACAAAAUCCAAAUAUCCCCGGGCACUUUUCUUUUCAGCCUGUGCACUUUGUGGCGGUGAAACUGGAAAUAAAUGGGCAUCAAUGGGCUCAAUCACUGCAAGGCGAUGGCAUGUGCACCGCAUUUACUAAUAUGAAAUAACCACAAGGAGAUAUAUAGUGUACCCCACAUUCUGGUAUUUCUCUCUCACGCAUAAUCACUGUUCUUAAAACUGGAGACCAGGCCCAAGUGAUAUUAGGUGAAAUUGACUAUUUUAGGAUCAUACGUCAACCCUCGACCAUUUCAUCAUCCAAUGAGGGAAUACUAUUGCCUGGGACCCCAAGAACAUUGAUCGCAACGGAACCUUUGCAGCUGCCUAUUUAUAUACAAUGCGUUUAUAUUAUUUAUUUAUUUAUUUGCUAGGGUUUGUUAGAUUUUUUUAUGAAUAUGGGGGUGGGGAAUAUAUAUAUAUAUUUGGCGCCAUUCUGGGCGAUGUUUACAGGCCGGAGAUGUGUGUUUCAGCAGAAACCAUCUAAAUGCAUUGAAAAGUCUUCCUCCAGGGUCUCCCAGAACUGUAUGCUUUCUGCAUGGAAAAGUAGGGUGCUCAUUCCCAUGAUGCCUGUGGGAAAUGUAGCACACAACUAUGCAAUUACUCUGUGACUUUACCUCAGUCCAGCUAAGAGGAAGCCAAACUCUUAGGAACUACCCUUAUCAACUCUUGCAUUUCAAACUGGGUUUGUCAGGAAUACGGUCACUAAUGUAAUUCUAACAUCAAGACCUAGGAAUGAUGCCCCCACUAACAGCCAAAAGACAAAACUUGCAUGAAGGACCCAAGAACAAACUUUGCUACCCCCACAGUCAGAACCCACAUUCAGAACCUAGAAGACAUGAUAACAGCACUGGACAUGAUAGGAAAGGCACCAAUCAUACCCUACAAUCUAGGUCUCAGGAGACCCAAGUAAUUUACCUGGUUAAGGAAAAAUAGCAUAGCCCUUGCUAAAGCCACAAUCUAAAUUUCAGGUCCCUGCGGACACUGCAUAGGGUCCACUAGUGCCCCGCUCUUAAACCUAGAUCUCAGGGGAGACCUCAAGUAAGUUCUCUCAGAUAAAAAACUAUCCCAGCCCUGUUACAUCCUUGCUCCAUCACCAGCAAACAUCUUCAUACCCUACACCCUCUAUAGAUCACACUUUUGUUCAGUCUCCCCUUGUGAUCAAUGAUCCCAAUAAUGAUCUCAAUGAUGAAAUUAUCAUGUGAUGACCUGUAUCAGUACUGAUGUCGCCUGAGUUAUUAAAUUCCUAACCAAUAGUGGCUUCCCAAUAUACACAACUGGUUUCAGGUUCUGAGGGGAAGUGGCACAGAUACAUGUGACCUUAUAAAUCAUGUUAAGGAUGUCUAAGCUAAACUAGUACCGUUUAACCUCUGGCUCUCCAUCUUAAUGUUUAAAGUAGGCGCUCCCAUGUAGUCUAUUGCCUGCUAGAGUCACUGAAAGCCAACUUACAGACUGGAUUUAGGAGGGGCGCUCUUUGUGCAUGUUAUAGAAGCACAGUGUAGUAUUUUUUAGAGAAGCAGAUAUAGUUUUUGUACUUCUGUUAUAUGCAAGUAGCAGGACAGAUGCACUUACCUACACACUAAUUGGUCUAGGACUGUGUCUUAGAUCUGUGUACAGUGGCAAGCACUCCCUGCUUGCUGCUCAUGUAAACAUGUAUUGCCAUUAAUGGGGAAAAGAAUAACAUGGUGCCUUGUGGUUACCCAGCACCCUUCUAUAUAGCCGAGCUGUACGUCUGUCUUUAUUUGGGUACAAGCACAAGGGGAGAUUUGUCGCCUUCGUUUAAAUCUACGCGACUGUGACCAUCAAAUCUUCACGAAAUGCAAUAAACUAAAUCGCUGUUGGGAAAACAUACACGGCACCUAGUUGGUAAAGUGAUGCUUCUCUUAUACAGGACCCUGUAGGGGACAACAGAAAGAAUGCAGCUUCUCUGCGGAGCGCUGGGCUGUAUGUAGCUGGGUAACUAAUGUAUAGUGAUUUACUGGCCAACAUAUACGUAAACCCACUUAAGGCUUUUGGAAUUCAUUCCCCUACUUAUAAGCACUGCUUGCCUUCUAUUCUUCCCCUUAAUUUUAUAUACAAUAGAGUAGCAAUCUCUACCUACCUCUAUCUAUGUUGUAUUUGUUUAGAUACAUAUGGGUGGGAGUUGCCAUACUGGGGUAUUCUCUAUAGUGAGAAGGACAAUAAAGACAGCACUCAAAUUGGGAAUACUCUGAGUGCACUUGCUUUUGGGGCUAAAUCUCUACAGGUGUCAGUACUGGCAAUAAAUUAAGCAUCUAUAGUCAGUAUUGCAGCACUGGGGUCCUGGGUUUGAUUCCAGGCAGGAAUCAUGUUCCUUCUGUGUCUACAUCUGCUUCCAUCACAUAUAUACCAGCAGGAUGACUGGCUCCUGAUACAAUUGUCCCUUCUGUGUGUGAGUGUGAAAGGGACCUUAGAUUGUAAGCUCACAGGGGCAGAGACUGAUGGGAAUGGCAGAGGGACCUAAGAUUGUAAGCUCACUGGAACAUGGAUUGAUAGGAAUAUAAUAGGGACCUUAGACUGUAAGCUCCACUGGGGCAGGGACUAAUUGGAAAUGUGAUAUGGGCCUUUAGAUUGUAAGCUCACAAGGGCAGGGAUUGGGUGUCCUAUAUAAAUAAAGGUAAAUAAAAGGCAAUACUCUGGGCCUAUGUCCCAUCCCAUGUAACCAAACCCCCCUUCCUCAAAUAGGUACACCCCAACGUGCCAGGUAGUGCCCCUGUCCUGCCAUCCUGUCAUAUCUACCGUGUAAAUAGCAAGAGAGCAAUAAUUUGCAGUGCAUGCCUCCUUCCCUUCCAUGUGAGAUAAGGACAUAGCCCUGGGUUCCAGUGCUACGGACUCUUAUUUAUUGUGAUGCAAAUCAGGGAGAAUAAAGAUCUGAAUAUUU